AUGAAAACACGCAGUCGUGAGCAGUUCGACAAACUGCUUGCGAUCAAGAAACUGAUCGAUGGUACCCCGGUGGAAAUCACUUAUGACCAAUCUCGCAAUACCGCACAGUGUGUGAUGGUCACUCCGUACCCUGAGGGACCAACGGACGAAGAGAUUCUAUCCCAAAUCGAGGGAACUAAAAUCGUGGAGGUGAAGAGGUUCAUGCGCAUGGUGAACGGUGCGGUGAAUCCGACCAACGCCUUCGUACUAUGUGUCGACUCGGUCACGGUUCCGGAGGUGGUGCGCGUUGGCUGCGUCUCGACGGGCACGCGUCCCUACUAUCCCCGGCCCAUGAUAUGCUUUAAAUGCUUGAUUGUGGGACACACCACGGCUCAGUGCAAUUCUACUCCAGCCUGCCCGAACUGCCCAAUGCCAGAAAACCGAUCUUGCAACAAUCCCACCCGAUGCAAAAACUGGAAAGGAGACCAUGCUACCCUUAACCACUCCUGCCCGGUCUACCUGGCCGAACGGGACAUUAUCCGCAUCAAGGUGGAUAAUUGUAUCAGCUACCCAGAAGCACGCAAAAUAUACAGUCAGAUCCAGCAAGUGAUUGAGAAACGUGACUUCUUGAAAAGCCAGAUCCAAUCUCUACGCAUGGACAAUGACACCAAAAACGCCGACUCAAACCACACGGACUCGAACAGUGACAGCGACGCUGACGCGAACUCGACCCAUGACGCAAACAUGGACACUAACAAGGAACAGAACAUCGACACAAACAACACUAACGCGAACAACAACACGAGCACGAACACAGCGACGCAAAAAGACGCGAAGGCCUCUACCCCGAUCGGACCGAAACGAAAAGCUUCCCCUUCAUCCUUAUCCAAUAGCUCCACCGGCACAAUAACCAAGGAGAAAAUUCCUCACGGCAACAACAGCACACCAUCGAAAGCGAGAGCGCACAAAAGGGAAAAACACAGAUCCCACAAGCGAAAAGUAGGCUUUAGAUACUGA